GGAGCUCCAUAUCUUGCAUUAAUGAAUGAAAACAUGUGGCCAAAAGCAGUUUAUUGGGCGAAAUAUGGGUCGCUCUGCAUGCCCGACUUGUUUGCAUAUUCGGAGUCUGUGUCUGCAUGCUCUGUGUUGGCUUUGUCUUUGACUAUCGGAUCGGAGCACUAUAAAUAGUCAAUCGGGGGCCCAGAGUGACAGCAUUAGCCCCUCGGUCAACAAACCAGCAGCAGCAACAUGUACAAGCUCCUCCUCGUCGUCGCCCUCUUCGGAUGCGCCCUGGCCGCGCCACUGAACGAUGAUGUCAUCACCAAGUUCCUGGCCAACCAGGAUACGGACGGCACCUACGCCUACGACAUCGAGCAGGCUAGCGGUAUCCAGAUUAAGGAGCAGGGUCUUGCCGGCCACAAUGCUCAGGGAUCCUUCUCCUACACCUCCCCCGAGGGCAUUCCCGUCCAGGUGGUGUACACCGCCGACGAGUUCGGCUUCCACCCUCAGUCCAACUUGCUGCCCACUCCCCCACCAAUCCCAGAGGAGAUCCUGCAAUCCAUCCGCUACAUCCAGGAGCACCCCACUCCUGAGGAGCUGGCCGAUCGUGAAGUUCGCGCCCGUCAGAUCUAGAAAAGGAUUGACAAUAGUAAUCUUA